AUGGCAAAAGAAAAAUUUGACAGAUCCAAACCGCAUGUGAACAUCGGUACGAUCGGACACGUUGACCAUGGUAAAACUACCUUGACCGCUGCAAUUACCACCGAACGCGGUAUCACCAUCAACACGUCGCACGUCGAGUAUCAGACGGCCAACCGUCACUACGCUCACGUAGACUGCCCGGGCCACGCCGACUAUGUGAAGAACAUGGUUACCGGUGCCGCUCAGAUGGACGGCGCGAUCCUCGUGGUUGCCGCUACCGACGGUCCGAUGCCCCAGACCAACGAACACGUGCUGUUGGCCCGCCAGGUGAACGUGCCGAAAAUCGUCGUAUUCCUGAACAAGUGCGACAUGGUGGACGAUCCCGAAAUGCUCGACCUCGUUGAGCUGGAAGUUCGCGACUUGCUGAGCAAAUACGAAUUCGACGGCGACAAUACCCCGAUUAUCCGCGGUUCUGCGCUGGGCGGUCUGAACGGCGAAGCCAAAUGGGAAGACAAGAUCAUGGAAUUGAUGGAUGCCGUUGACUCGUACAUUCCGAUUCCUCCGCGUGAAAACGAAAACCGUUCCUGA